UGGUAUGCAGGGCACCGAGGCCGAGCCAGGGACGAAGCUGAAAUGGAGUAUUUGAAGAUAGCUCAGGACCUGGAAAUGUAUGGUGUGAACUACUUUGCAAUCCGGAAUAAAAAGGGCACAGAGCUGCUGCUUGGAGUGGAUGCUCUGGGACUGCACAUCUAUGACCCCGAGAACAGGCUGACCCCCAAGAUCUCCUUCCCGUGGAAUGAAAUCCGAAACAUUUCAUACAGUGACAAGGAGUUUACUAUUAAACCACUGGAUAAGAAAAUUGAUGUCUUCAAAUUUAACUCCUCAAAGCUUCGAGUUAAUAAGCUGAUUCUCCAGCUUUGUAUUGGGAACCAUGACCUAUUUAUGAGGCGAAGGAAAGCUGAUUCUUUGGAAGUUCAGCAGAUGAAAGCCCAGGCCAGGGAAGAGAAGGCUAGAAAGCAGAUGGAGCGGCAGCGCCUGGCUCGAGAGAAGCAGAUGCGGGAGGAGGCCGAGCGCACGAGAGACGAGUUGGAGAGGAGGCUGCUGCAGAUGAAAGAAGAAGCAACGAUGGCCAACGAAGCGCUGAUGCGGUCAGAGGAAACAGCAGACCUGUUAGCGGAAAAGGCCCAGAUCACCGAGGAGGAGGCCAAGCUUCUGGCGCAGAAGGCCGCCGAAGCGGAGCAGGAGAUGCAGCGCAUCAAAGCCACAGCCAUUCGGACAGAGGAGGAGAAGCGCCUGAUGGAGCAGAAGGUGCUAGAGGCUGAGGUGCUGGCCCUGAAGAUGGCUGAGGAGUCAGAGAGAAGGGCCAAGGAGGCAGAUCAGCUGAAGCAGGACCUGCAGGAAGCCCGAGAGGCAGAGCGAAGAGCCAAGCAGAAGCUCCUGGAAAUUGCCACCAAGCCCACAUACCCACCGGUGAACCCAAUCCCAGCACCAAUGCCUCCUGAUAUACCAAGCUUCAACCUCAUUGGCGACAGCCUGUCUUUUGACUUCAAGGAUACUGACAUGAAGCGGCUCUCCAUGGAAAUAGAGAAAGAAAAAGUGGAAUACAUGGAGAAGAGCAAGCAUCUACAGGAGCAGCUGAACGAGCUGAAGACGGAAAUUGAGGCCUUGAAACUAAAAGAGCGGGAGACCGCUUUGGACAUUCUGCACAACGAGAACUCGGACAGGGGUGGCACCAGCAGCAAGCACAAUACGAUUAAAAAGGCUACUAGCCUAUUGGUCGAUGCCGUCCAUACCCAGGAGGGGGUCUUCCUCAACAAAUCCAUCAUCCACAUUCACAAUGAUGCUGAACUAAUGAGUGGACUAAUCCAGCACCACACCCAUCACCCAGUCGCUCCCAAAAGCCCCACCUACGAGUACAUGAGGCUUCGGGAGGACGUUGAGAUGUAAGCCAUAACGGUUCUGAAGGACAGUGUGGUCACCAGUCACGUUCAGCAGAGCUCUACCCACUUGUCUACAGAGGGACCCACAGGAAGUCUGCCAGACCAGAGCAGAGAUGACACCGCCACUGUCUGAGAGGCCCCGGCAGUAUGUCCACAUCCUGAGCCUCUUCAGUUUCGACGCCCGCUGAAAU